AUGCCUGGAAACCUAAAUCUCAAAAAAUCAUGGCACCCCGGGCUCAUGAAGAACCAGAAGAAGCUCUGGGAACAAGAACAAGAAGCUCUACAAGAACAUCAAAAGAUCAAAGAACGGGAAAAGGAACUUAGUGCAGAACGAGAAAAACAAGCGCUCUUGAAGCUCCAAUAUGGAGAUGAUAUACCCACGGAAAAGAAGCGGGAACUCAGCAAUUUGAACUGGAUGUACGAGGAUGCACCCAAAGAGACCACGGUAGAUGGGUUUCGUGAAGUAAAUGAAGAAUUUACGGAUGGAAAGAAACAGGUUGAAGACAUGUUAAGUGGAAAGCAAGCUAUAGAGACAAAAGUGGUCAGCAGAAUGGAGCGGAUUGUGGGUGGAACGGGUCUGAAUAAGAGCGUUAGACUUGCGGAUGACCCGUUGUUAAAGAUAAAAGACCAGGAAAUCAAACGACUAAAACAAGACAGACAUGGUUCGAGAUCGCACCAUGAUCACAAACGUCACCGGCUGCAUAGGAGAGAUAAGGUUGAUAAACCGGGUCGGAAAGAGAGGAAUGAACGACCAGAAGUGGCUCAAAGACUUCUGAAACCACUGGUGAAUUAUUGA